GCAUAAGUCCAAAUCAGCAAAACAAUGAGUCCGUGCACAAGGUUCAUCUUACCACUUGCUGCUACAAAGAUGCUUUCAAGCAAGCAGAUGACACUGGAAUGGAUUUAAACAGAACAAAUGCAAUUAUAUGUUGCAUCUGCCCUCCCCAUCAGAAGGAGAAUUGCUUUGGGAGGAAAAACAGUGUGCAGCUACAAUCAACAGAUAGGAAGCAGGAUGUGGGAUUUGUGAUUUGG